GAAAUCAAUCCAAUAAUCUUUUUAUUGUCAGUCAAAUACUGUUUUGGAUAUCUUUAAUCAAAAUUGCAAACAUCUAUUUUGGGCAAUCGAGAAAUUAUGGCAGAUAUACACGAGCUAAUUGUGAAGUGCAUAAUUUUUUUGUACCAGGUGUAUUUGCUUUUUCGAUCCAUUCACCCUCUCAAAAAGGAUGCCAUGCUGCUUAUUUUUCACAAUAUUAUGCUGUACUAUGUGAUCAAUAUGUUUAAACAUCUGGCUCAAGAUACUAUUAACUCUCCUGGUCCUGUAAACACGUUCUACUAUUUACCUCUGGUGUAUGAGGAGCCUGCAGGUUCGGAAUCAAAUCACAGUUGGCAUGAAAUUCUCAGGUCUUCCAGCUGGCUCUUUUUCGAGUCCCUGUUCCGCCAUCAUUUGGCCCUGUUGUUGCCGAUUAAUUUGGCCCUCCUGGUUCCCCGCUGCAAGUUGGGCUUCAUUAGCUCUUUGGUGCUAUUGUCUAACCUGGUGAUGUUCGGAUGCUUCGCUACAGCCAUCUGCCAGCUGGUGAUUUUUACCAACCAUGCUGCCAGCCUGCGCCUCCUCACGAUUCUGUGCCUGGGUCCCAUGUGUCAAAUGCUCCUGGUGAUGCGCCUCCUGGUCCGCAUUUGGUUCAGUAUGUGGAUUGUUGUUUGAGGCGCAGAAAUUCGUACCUCAGCCGUCAUAAUCAGUAUCCGUAGCCCGAAGUUAGUAGCUGCAAUCAAAGCAAUAAACCAACCAAAGCAACCGGCUCUUUCACUGGGAAACGCAACCGAAAAUCACUUUCACUCCGCAAACUGCCAAACUGCAGGCAUUUAUGACAGCCCAGCAGAAAGGGGGGCUGGCCGGCGAUCUCCUGGAACUUGUUUGGCACAAGGGCCAAAAUCGCAUAACAAAAUUGUUGCUGAAAAGUUGAACAAAUAUUGAGGUCAGCAGAAUGUCGAGUAGAGUCUCGAGCGGGCAGCAUUGUUGCUGGUGCAAACUGUUUGCUAGCCUUUGGCACAAACUUCUUACACGCUCCCCGGCCCCGACGCCAGUCGGACUCGGAUCCGGAUCCGGAGCCUUUGCCGUGGCCGUUGUCGUCGUCGUAGCCGUGACUCUGAGUCCAGAGUUGAGCUGGGGGGAGAGGCCUCCGCAGAGGCUCGCCCUGAACGAAAAAUAUUCAUAUUCAAAUAUUUGUCAAUAAUACAAAAUGGAAAAAAUGA